AUGAAGGCGACCGUGUGUGUGGGCCCCCCCUCUAGCCUCCUGUUGGUGCUUAUGUGCUGUCCGCUCCUGGGCCUGGUGCAGACGGCCAGCAGUAACAAAGCCAAAGACGCUCACCUGGGGGACUCGGACCCGCAGAGGUGUAUGCGGCAUCACUUUGUCGAGACCAUCACGCACCCCAUCUACAAGUGCAACUCCAAGAUGGUGUUGCUGGCUCGCUGCGAGGGUCACUGCAGCCACACGACUCGCUCAGACCCGCUCAUCUCCUUCAGCUCGGUGCUCAAACAGCCCUUCAAAAGCACCUGCUCCUGCUGCCGUCCGCACACGUCCAAACUGAAGGCCGUCAGACUGCGCUGCGGCGGCGGAACUCGCAUCACCGCAACCUAUCGCUACAUCCUGGCCUGCAACUGCGAAGACUGCAGCUGA